AUGGGUAAUUGCGAAUCUCAAGAUACACGUAUAUGCUCUGAAGAAUUUUAAUCAAUACCUCUUCCCAAUUUAUAAUAAGAAUUUACUGAUGAAUUUACUCGGCAGGAAAAUUAGGUUACCGUCAGUUAGUCCAAGAAAGAUUUUGAUGCAGAUUUACCAAUUUAGACUACCUAAAAUAAUUUAAACUCACAUCCCCUCUCCAAAACGCUCUAUAUCAUUUAUAAUAAAUGUCGGAUUGAGAGACCAAUUGAAGUGGAAGACGGAACAUAUUAGGGAUAAUGGUUUGCUGGGAAAUAAUGCGGUUUUGGCCGUAUGUAUUACAAAAAUAAAGACUAUUAUGAAGGAUUCUGGCUGCUUGGUCGAAAACACCACAUGGGAAUUUUCAUUUAAUUGAAUUAGCAACCCCUAAUUGGAGAAUGGUUCGACGAUAAAUUCCUCGGAACAGACAUAUCUCCCAAUCUUACCAAAGAUCCUACGCUCUCUUAUUCUGAUUUACUUAAUGUACUUCUAUUAUUUACCAUUAUGCAGCUCCAACCCGUUCAAAUCCAGGACUCGCUCUAUUAUGGGCAGUACUCAAACAACGGCAAACAAGGCCUUGGGUUGUGCUUAAAAAAAGGCGAAUACAAAUUUAUUGGGUAUUUCUCUAAUGACAAAAAACAAGGCUAUGGUAUUGAAAUCACCAAGAAUGAAGUUUAUAGAGGUGGUUUUAAGGAUGGAGUCAGAAGUGGUCUGGGUCAUCUCAAAAAGAAUAAGAAUUUUUUUAUAGGCUAGUUUGAAAAUAAUUAACCAACGACUAAUGGUAUUUCAAUUUAAAUUUGA